AUGCAGCGUGAAGUAUGUAUGUGCCAUGCUGAGAGCCCGGCAGCCACGAGUGGCGAGUGUGGCGAGCUGAGGAGCAUGCGCAGGGAGGCGUAUGCUGCAAUGCUCAAGGAGUGCCAGCUGGUGGACCCGGUCAUUGGCAGUGGCUUCGUGGUUGACUUCCCCAGGGUUCAGGACGAUGGCACAGAGGUCGAUCUCCCGGACUCGUACACGGGCCCUCUGCGCCUCGUGCCGCCCAUCCCACCCCUGGACACCGCCUGGGAGGAAACCGGAGCGCAGCUGGGGGUGCUGGAAGAGGGGGAGGAGGAGGGAGAGGGGGAAGAGGAGGAGGAAGAAGGCGAAGUGGAGGGAGGUACAAGUGACAGUGGUCGCGGUGGUCGUCGUCAUGCUGGUGGCAGUGGCAGUGGCAGUGGCGGUGGCGGUGGGAGAAAGAGGAGGGGGCGGAGGGCGAGUGAGACGGCAGUGGAUGAGGCAAUGAGGACGUGGGCGGCGGAGAGGGCAGAGGUGGUGGCACGCGUGGGGCUGGACCGAAUACACAAGUGGCGCCAUGGACUCUACCAAAUAGGAGUGGAUGUCACAAGAGCCGAUCGCUCCCUGCUUUUCUUUGAGAGCAGUCGCAGCCGCGCCCGCCUAAUGAACGUGCUGGCGGUGUACGCAUGGUUCGACCCCGAGGUGGGGUACUGCCAGGGCAUGAGCGACCUCAUGUCGCCCAUGGUCGUGCUGUACCAGGAUGAUGCUGAUGCCUUCUGGGCUUUCGAAAGGCUCAUGCGCAGAGUGAGGGAGGACUUCAUGAACACGGACACGGGCCUGGGCAUUCAGAGGGAGAUCAGCCGCCUCUCCCACAUGGUCUACACUCUCGACCCUGAGCUGCAUGCUCACUUGGAUCUAGCUUUCCGCGGCUCAGAUCUACUCCUCCGCGGUCUCAAUCCUCCCUCCCGCGGCCACAAUCCUCCCUCCCGCGGCCUUAAUCCUCCCUCUCGCGGCCUCCGACCGCUCUCCCGCGGCCUCAAUCCUCCCUCCCGCCGCCACCCCUCCCUCACGCCUUCCGUCGCGGACGGCCAGCACACCGUCGCGGACGGCCAGCAAGCCGUCGCGGACGGCCAGAAAGCCGUCGCGGACGGCCAGAAAGCCGUCGCGGACGGCCAGCAAGCCGUCGCGGACGGCCAGCAAGCCGUCGCGGACGGCUAG